AUGGCAUCCAUUGUCUACCCCGACCUGGCUAAAAAAGCCACUCUCUCCGAUGGCACCACCUACGGAUACGUCUCCGUCCCCGCCUCGGAGGGAAAACCCACCUUCGUGUUCCUCCACGGUUACCCCUCCACCAGCUAUGACUGGCGUCACCAGAUCGCUUUCCUGCAGAAGGGGGGAUACGGUGUGAUUGCGCCCGAUUUGUUGGGCUAUGGCGAUACCGAUAAGCCGACGGAUCUGAAAGCGUAUCGUCUCAAGGUGAUGAGCCAACAUGUGAUCGAGAUACUCGAUCGUGAGAAUGUCUCUCGUGCGGUGCUGGUCGCGCAUGAUUGGGGUGUCGGUCUCGCCUCCCGCGUGGCCUAUUACUAUCCCCAGCGAUUCUACGGUUUCGUGAGCAUUGCAGUCGCGUAUAAUAUCCCUGGACCGAAAUUCGAUCUCGACGCUCUCCUCAAACACACCGAAUCCAUCUUUGGCUACCCCGUCUUCGGCUACUGGCUCUGGCACAACACCGACGAAGCAGCCGAUGAAAUGGCAGCUCAUCCCGAAUCCGCUUUCUCCCUCAUCUUCCCCCAAGACCCUGCGACGUGGAAAACCGACCUCGCUCCCAUCGGUAAAGCAGCCGAAUGGGUCCGCUCCGGCAAGACCACCCCUCUCCCAUCUUGGCUCACCCAGGAAGACUACGAUAUUCAUCAUCGCGUCUUCUCGAAGGGUGGUUACGCCGGCCCGCUGUCGUGGUACAAGGCCGCGAUUCGCGGCAUCAAUACUGAAGAUGAAGCGGGCAUCGCGGAAGGAGAGGGUAAAUUGACCGUGAAGUACUUGUACAUCGCUGCUAAGCAGGACUAUGUCUGUCGGAUGGAGGUAGGAUCGCAUGUGACGGAAAAGAAUACGACGGAUUCGAGGAUCGAGGUGGUGGAUGCGGGUCAUUGGGUGCAGCUGGAGAAGCCGGAUGUUGUGAAUGAGUUGUUGGUUAAGUUUGCGGAGGAGGUGGUCACUAAUUAG